AUGGAUGGUGAGGGUCGCUAUACUCGUUCGCUGAAGUGCCAAGUCUCCGUCGGUGAGCUUUACAGAUGGAUUUUGGCCAAAUUAUCAGAUAAAGAUAUCAAAAGAGCUCUUCACAAAUAUCGUGAUCUUAUGCCUCGCCAAUCCGAUUGGAACCGUAAACUAACUCAAGCCACUAACGUUCCUGAGUUGGGAUUUCGUUAUCUAUAUCGCUGUGGGCAAAUAGACGAAAGUAAUCAUCGCACGAUGCAAAAGAUGCUCAAAUACAUUGAUCGUCAAGAUGUUUUACCGUACUUCGAUACAAUCUUGUAUAAUUCCAACAACGCCAAUUUUUCUAUCGAAGAUUUGCAAAAACGUAUAUGUUUGCUUCUUGAUCGUGUUGAAAUUUUCCUAAGAGCGUCUACUUCGCUUAUGGAGGACGAGGUUCAUCCUCUACCGCCUUAUGAAAUUCAAUGUCAAUCUCUUGAGGAUCGCAGGUUUACCAGAUCUCUGACUAAACGUAAGUCUUGCGAUCCUCUACAAUGCAUGACAUUUGCAAAGCGUACCAGAAAGCAAUGCGCCUCUCACGAUGACAGUCCAUCAUCUUCAUCACAUCAAGAUGAUCAAGAUGCAAGCGCUUCCCUCCGUGGUCAGGCCUACUCAGCUAUCAAAGCCUGUACUCUCUCCGGUCCAGCUAUUCAGACUAUUCUUAAUGCGUCUCUAUACAACACGAUUUCAGUGAUCAUAUCAAACUCUACUAGCCCUAAUGCACCUCAGCCUCGAUUAUCCUACUCGGCCAUCUCCAAUGUCCUCAGCAAUCCUACCUUUAGCGCACUUUACAAUUCCGGUCUUCUCUCCCACCCCCGUAUGCCCAAUUGGCUCUCAAUGAUCCGUUUUCACUUUGCAACUGUACGCCCGAAUCGAACUGCUGAAAUAUCGCCUUUUCCACCUAUCCCUGUGCAUCAUCAGAAUUCGUCUACCGAGCAAAGAGUUGACACAUUUCAACGGCAACUCAUGACGUACGGGGGAGUCGGCGUUACAGCCUCUGAUAAUGACUCUCUUAUCCAUUACUACUGUCGCGUUCGAAUGCGCAUCAAACUCGAUUUAGGAAACUCAAGAGAAACGCUCCAAACUUUUGUAGCCUCGGAUCGACACGAUCCGUUCUCUCGACAGAUGGACGUCUACCUGCAGGCUGUCAAUCUCCUUCGUAAUAGAGGCGGAUCGGAAUACUGUUGCACCUUCAGAUUUAAUCGAUUGGACCAUUUGGAGGCAUUUUGGAGUGACUACACUUCUGGUGCUCUUAGAAAGUUUCUAAUGGCGCACUUGUUGGCCUCAGACAAAACUAGUUUGGUGGGACAUGGAUCCUGGCUGGAGAGUGGGGAUAUAAGCACCUCAACGGAGACGUCAUCCGAUGCACCAGGACCUAGUCGCAGACACUCUACCUCUCGUCGCAAUCGGAACACCAGCUCUGGACAUCCAUCACGCAGUCCCUCACCCUUAAAUGAACUCCAAAGAGUCAUGCUCUCUUUGCGUCGACAAAUCUUUCAGUCGAACAUGUCAGAAAUAAAUCAGACUCAAGCGCAUCCUCCAGUGGCAAAUAAUCCUACUUUAGCUAAUGUCAUCGGAUUUGGGCAUGCCCAUGGCAGACGGCAAAUUCUGCAAGGAGAUCAAAACGCACAACAACCCCCUGCUCUCGCUUCCGACUUCGAUAUCCACCUCUUUGUGUCAAGAUUGGAGUAUGAGAAUGGACGAAUGCUGCUGAUGCGAAAUGAACGGGCGAUUCCGAGUCUUCCACGUCUUUUAGCUGCUUCGCAAAUCGUUUCCUUACCAUCUGGCAGCAUUGCUUCCUCCCAAAACCUUCCUUCCACUUUGGGAAUCGCUCUUGAACCAGUUUUUCACUGA